CGGCGGGUUUUGAAGCUACAGAGGCAGCAGAGCUUGUUGCGGAUUAACAAUGAUUGCCACAACUCAACAAAACAUGACCACUGAGCUGGACCUGGGGAGUUCAGACGGUCCCCCGCGGAACUGGAAAGGCAUAGGGAUUGCCAUGGUGGUGAUCCUGGCUGUUAUGUCUCUGGUCAUCCUCUCUGUCAUCCUGCUCACGCCUGAUGAGUCUCACUUGUUACUCCGCUCCCAUCUCACCAUGGAGGAUCUGGAGAGUGACGAGUUCAAAGUUCAUGACCCCUGUGUGGCAUGGUUGAACGAAAACGAAGUGGCUCUCCGCACCAGAGAGGGACACGUCCUGUCGUUCAGCCUCAACAGCAACCUCACCUCGACUCUGGUGGACAACAGCUCCCUGGACCUGACCACUACUAAAUUCCAAGUGUCCGCAGACAAGAGGUUUGUCCUCUUGGCGUAUAACAUUCGACCGGUGUUCUCUCAGUCCUUCACAGCCUCCUAUGCUAUCUACAAUGUGGCUAAUGGGGAGCUGCUGGAUCUUAACCCUCCAGAGAGGGAGAAGACAGCGCUACAGUACGCUUCCUGGGGGCCUCAGGGGAGCCAGCUGGCCUAUGUGUUUGACGGCGAUAUCUACUACAAGCCGAGUGUGACCGGCAAAGCCCUGCGUCUCACGACCACUGACCUGGAGCAGAAUGUGGUGAACGGGCUCUCUGACUGGACUUACGAAGAGGAGGUGCUCUUGACAUAUGUUGCCCACUGGUGGUCCGUGGACGGGGCACGGCUGGCGUACCUCACCAUCAACAACUCUAACACGCCUGUGAUGGAAAUACCUCACUUCUUAGGUGGUCUCUACCCCUCCAAUGUGGUUUUCCCCUACCCUAAGGCUGGCUCAAGCAUCCCAUCAGUCAGUCUGUUUGUGGUGAAUCUGUACGGUCCAGCUCACACUCUGGAGAUGAUGCCUCCAGACUCCCUCAGGGCCAGAGACAGCUACAUCUCCAUGGUGACCUGGAUCAGCAGCACCCGCCUCGCGGUUCGUUGGCUGAAUCGCGCCCAGAACCAAUCAGUGCUGUGCGUGUGCGAGGCCACCACGGGGGCCUGCUCGGAGAAACACAAAAUGGCGAUGGACAUCAUGCAGAACCAACGGCAGGAUGUGCCGUUGUUUUCAACCGACGGCUCCGUGUUUUAUACAAUCCUGCCGGCCAAACAGGGCGCUCGUGGAGAGUUUCACCACAUCGCCGGCCUCUCAGCUCAGCCUGCCAUCCCCUCCGUCCCCCCUCGCUUCCUGACAUCGGGGAGCUGGGACGUCACCGUGCUCUGCGCGCUUGAUGAGAAGGCUGGAAAAAUCUAUUUCCUGAGCACAGAGGAGUCCAGACAAAGCAGACACCUUUACAGUGUUGACCUUGACGGAGUGUUUCAGCGCCGGUGUGUCUCCUGUAACCUCAUAGAUGGAUGUCGCUUCUUUAAAGCCGAAUUCAGUCCCAAUCAAACCCACUUCAACCUCUACUGUCUAGGCCCAGGAAUCCCUAAAGUGACAGUUCACAGUACAAAGGACCCCUCCAGAUAUGUCGUCUUGGAGGAUAACAGCCCUCUAUCUAAAGCUCUGGAGGACAAGAGGCUCCCUGAGACCCUGUUCAGGACGCUCCCAGCAGAAAACCACGAUCUACACCUGAAACUAUCUCUACCUCAGGGUUACGAGGCCAACCUGCACCCUCUCCUCAUCAUCGUAGAUGGCGUACCCGGCAGUCAGUCGGUGACAGAGGAAUUUGCCCUCGACUGGCCUCAGGUCCUCUCCGGCACACACAAUGUGGCCUUGGCCUGGGUGGACGGCAGGAGCGGGGUCGGCCGUGGACAGAAGACCACCGCUGUGGAUCCACGCAAGCUUGGCUCAGUUAGAGUCAAAGAUUAUCUGGGAGUUGUCGAGUUGUUGAUGCAACUGCCUUACAUUGACGACCGUCGGAUGGUCCUCUAUGGCAAGGCAUUUGGAGGUUAUUUAUCUCUCAAGAUGUUGGCUGCAACAGAUAAGCUCUUUCAGUGCACAGCUGCUGUGGCACCGAUAACUGACUUCAGGCUUUACAGUGCUGCAUUCUCAGAGAGGUAUCUAGGCCUUCCAGCAAAGGAGGAGCACGCGUACUCGACUGCCUCUUUGCUUGAGGAGGUUAACAAGCUGAAAGAUGAGAACUUCCUUAUUUUACAUGGAACUGCAGAUGCGAGGGUACACUUCCAGCACAGCGCCGAGCUCCUGAGCCGACUGGUGAAGGUGGAGGCCAACUACUCGCUGCAGCUGUACCCAGACGAGGGCCACAUCCUGAGAGAGCCGCGCAGCAUCCAGCACUUCCAGCGGACUGUGGUGAACUACCUCCAAACCUGCUUGAAGCACAGCAUCCUCCUAGAUCCUGUAGAGGACGACGAGGAGGAAGACGACUGAGCCCAGAGCCCCUCCGUCUGGACGGACUAUCUUUGGACUGUAUGCCAUCUUAUGCAUUACUUUGGGUCGGAUUACCAGGCACAAGAGCACAGGAGUGGGGACCAAACACAUCAGAUCACCUCCUGCAACUUCUGGAAAAAUUGAUGUACUGUAUACCUUGUUGCACACAAUUAUUUCUGCUGUUAUACUGUAUGUUUAAGGCCCUGUUUGUUUACAGAAUCCACUAAGAUGACGUGGACUUGAAGGCUACUGAUUCUGCCAAAGGUUUACAAAGGUUUUAAAAACAUGCAUGUCGUAACGGCUGCAUGAUGUGGAUUAGUUUACAUUGCAUUUUCUGUGUUUUGCAGAUUGAAAACUGGCCCUUCAGGGUUAAAAGUGCAAAAUCUGCCAACAGCCGGGAACACAUCGUAAGACUCAAAAACUUUCAAGAUUUUCCAUACAGAUUUCUGAAUAAACCAGCACAGACUACAGGCUCACAGUUAGAUUUAUGCAGAUUCCAGUCAUAUAAAGUGUAACAAUUGGGAUUAAAAAACUGACAAAGGAGAUUUUAAUCCAAAACUAACUGAGAUUAUGGCAAGCCCUUUUAACAUCUUAUCCACAGAGCUGGCUUGUAGCGAUACCAUGAUGAUACCUCAACAUGUCACAAUGUCAUUUUGACGCAUUGAAAUGUUAAUUUAAGAUAUCUAUUAAACAAUUUUGACAUGUCAAUAUAUUUUCAUUUGUAUAUUUUCACUGGUAGAAAUUGCAUUUCAACCAGUCAAAUCUGAUUCACAGAUAUUUUUCAAUAUAGAUAUCAUUGUGAAUUCCAUUUUCACAUGUAAGAACAAUUACAGAUAUCUACAAUUCAAUUUCAACAUGUUGAAAAACGACCUGACUAAUGGAAAUGUAAUCACCCAUUUGAGAUAUCAACAGAUGCAUUUCUGAUAUGUUCGGCAUAUUAACAAACCAUUUUGGAAAUGUAGGCAUCGUGUCAUUAGCAACCCAAAACCCACCGGUCCUCUUUAAAUUAGCAUAUUCAUUUCGGAUAUAUAUACGAGCAUUAUUAAAGAUAUCCAGAAGACAUUUUUGACUGGUAGAAAUCCCUUUUUUAGUAUCUAAAGCUCAAUUUUGACUUGUUAUUAAAGGAACUGUAGGUAUCUCAAAUAUAAUUGAUAUUUGUACGAAUGUAAUUUUUGACAGUGACAGUUGUAUUUAUGAUUAUGAUCUGAAAUUAGAUUUGUACUGGUUACAGUUUCAAGCUGACAUAUUAAUUAUUUAAUUUUGACUAGCCGCAAUUCUAUAAAGAUAUCUACUAUUGAUUUCUCGCUAGUCAAAAUGUUAAUUCUUGACAUCAACAAUUAAUUUCUUACCUGUGGAAAUUUCCAUUGUGAAUAUCUUUAACUUAAUUAAUACUUAAUCACUUUUACCCAUUGACAUAUAUUGACACUCAAUAACAGAUAUCUAUAAUUCAGUUUUGACAUGUUACACUUCCAAGCUGACCUAUCCAUAGUGUAAUUUUGACUUUUUCUUUCCUUUUCUAAUUAAUUAUAUCCACAACUCAAUACUCACUUGUCACAAUGUUAAUUCUUCUUAUCAUAGCAGUAUACCAUUGCAAUGUUCAUUGUAGAUUUUUAAAAUUAUUCUUACAUUACAGAUGUCAUAAAUGGAGUUAAAGAUAUCUAAAAAUCAACUCUGACUUGUCAAAAUCACAUUGUGGAUGUGUUUUGGAAAUCUAAAUAGUCAAAAAGCAAUUGUUGAUUUACAACUGCUAUUACCACUACUGAUUAAAUGUUAAAAGGGCUUGUCACACUAAGAUAGCGUGUAAACUGGCCCUCCAGCUCGCUCUCCUGAGCUGCCUCGUUAUCUAUAAGAUGUUGUAAAAUCAGAGUUAUUUUAGGUCUUCUGCACAGUGUGUUCCCGGCUCGAAUAAAGUUAAAUGAAGCAUAAGGAUCAUUCUAAAUGUGCCAAAUACAUUUUGUGGACUUUGUGGACCACUGGUUUUAUUAGCAUUACUUGCAUUAUGUGAUUAAGAAUGAGUAUGCAACUGUGACUAUUUACACCACAAGCUCUGAUUCAAGGACGAUCGCAAGAACGUGUACGUAGGUCUGUCUGUUUACUGUAUCUGGAAGUACUGAACGUUUCUGUUUUGGUACAUCUUGGCAUUUCUUGUGUAUUGCAGAAUUAAAUUAUUUCUUCGAACAAACUGUUGAGCCAUUGCAUUCCAGUCCACAGAGGUGUUGGACAGUGGGCUUGGACAUCAAACUGUCAACCAAACCAUACUGGUAAACUGCAUGCAGUUGGUUUGAAAACAAAUGCCCUUGAGUCUAGACGACCGGCUACUCCUUUUUUUCAAACAAUCCUUGACAAUAAAGUUUGAACUUCUUGUUUUACAGCAAUAA